AUGUCAUUCCUCGCCUCCGUUCGCUCAACAAUCGCUCCGCGUCUGGCUCUUCGCCCUGCCUACGCCAGCACCACCCUCGCCUCUCCCUUCCAUACCUCCUCCGUCCGUCCGGGCCUCAAGGAGUCGGAUCACAACCGCGACGAGCUGCACAAUAUCUACGAGCAGGAGAAAGAGGACACAGUGAAGAGCUCCAAGGAGGGCAAGGCGAAGUGGAAGCAGGAAUUGGCGAGUAACAGUGAAGCUUCGGUCAAGGCCGAUCGGGGCGAUCUCGACGGCGAAGAGCCGGACUUGAAGGAUUUGCAGAACAAAACGAAGCAUCUGCCUCACGAGAAAGAGGCGAGUAAGCGACAAUAG